UUCAUAUCUUGCCCCGGAGUUCGCUGCAUCCGAUCCCUGCCCUAUCAAUCUUCACCUACUGCCCUCUUCCUCUGUAGUGACCAGUGACAAUGGGACUUAUGUUAUCAGUUGUAUUAUCCUAUGCUGGAUUCAACGAAGCCUUAGAGUGCAUCAAGCAUAUUCUUAGCGGCGUCAUUCCCGAUACUGAGCCAAACUUUCAAGAUCUAGUCGAAUAUUACACGAGUCUUCUUCAAAAAUCACCCAAUCCGUCGACACCUCCAGUCUGGACUGUGGAAAGCGGUCAAGGAUAUCUCCAUUUAACCGAAGAUAAGGAUGGACGCAUAAAGUCAGCAGCGAUUAAGUUUUAUGGAGACAAAACUAUUGCUCUACUUUUCUCGACUAAAAUAAGUAGCUUUGGUCAAGAUUCCGUAGAAGAUUCACAAGCGAACGGUGAUUAUAGAUUGGAAAGGUACAUACCAACAAAGACGAAAACAAUUAUAUCGGAAUCAUCAGAGUCGUUCAGUGUUGGAUAUAAAAAACGAUCACCCACUACCUCUGAAACUAUUUCAGAUUCGAACGGACCUUUAGACAUUUCUCGUGAAGAAGACGGUCUCGUAGGUUUGGAAAAUCGAGAAAAAUUAUCAUGGGAAUAUGUUCCUAAAAGCCCGUCGCCUACACCACUGCCCGAAAUAAAUUUUCAGUCAUAUGAUGACGACAAAAUUGGAGACGCCACUUACAGCGAAAGCUUUUUAAGAUCACUAGAUGGAAUUAAAAUCACACCAUUACAACGAAAUGACCCGAGUGGCCGACGGAGGACUUUUCGGAUGCGUAGAUCUUCAUCGUCGAAUUCUUCAAAGGAAUCACGUGCCUCGCGCGAGGAGGAAUUAAAAAUGUUCACGUCACUCGAGGAAGAAGAGUUCAAAAGCAUGAAUAAAGAGAAUAAUUACUCCGGUUUUGGGAGUGCACCUAAUUUAGUGACACGUUCUUAUUCCAGAAGUCGCUCCAGGGAACGAUCGAAAGAUAGAAAAACCAGUAGUUUUAAUGACGAAACAAGCCCAGUCAGCGAAGAAAGGCUUGAAGUAAGGCAGCGGAGUCUGUCAAGAUUAGGUUCGUUCGAGGAGAACGAGGAAAUCAAAGAAACCGCUGAAAAAAAUGAGCUUAUUUUUAGUGACGAGUACACCAAGGCGAUGAACAAGGACUGGCAUAGCGGUCACUUCUGCUGCUGGCAGUGCGAUGAGUCGCUGACAGGACAGCGCUAUGUGCUCAGGGACGAGCACCCUUUCUGCAUCAAGUGCUACGAGAACGCCUUCGCUAACGGCUGCGAAGAAUGCAACAAGACCAUCGGUAUCGACUCCAAGGAUCUGUCGUACAAGGACAAGCACUGGCACGAGGCCUGCUUCCUCUGCGCCAAGUGCCGCGUAUCGCUCGUCGACAAGCAGUUCGGCUCGAAGCACGACAAGAUCUACUGCGGCAACUGCUAUGACGCGCAGUUCGCGAGCCGCUGCGAUGGCUGCGGUCAGGUGUUCCGUGCUGGAACCAAGAAGAUGGAGUACAAGACCAGGCAGUGGCACGAGAAGUGCUUCUGCUGCGUGGUGUGCAAGAACCCGAUUGGUACCAAGAGCUUCAUCCCGCGUGAGCAGGAGAUCUACUGCGCUGGGUGCUAUGAGGACAAGUUCGCUACUCGCUGCGUCAAGUGUAACAAGAUCAUAACGCAAGGCGGCGUAACCUACAAGAGCGAGCCGUGGCACCGCGAGUGCUUCACGUGCACGAACUGCGACACGUCGCUGGCCGGCCAGCGCUUCACGUCGCGCGACGAGAAGCCAUACUGCGCGGACUGCUUCGGCGAGCUGUUUGCGAAGCGCUGCACGUCUUGCACCAAGCCUAUCACUGGCAUCGGCGGCACCCGCUUCAUCUCGUUCGAGGACCGCCACUGGCACAACGACUGCUUCAUCUGCGCAAUGUGCAAGACCUCGCUCGUGGGCAAGGGCUUCAUCACCGACGGGCCUGACGUCAUCUGCCCGGAGUGCGCCAAACAGAAGCUCAUGUAAAUACUCGCCCGAGCCCGCUCUCGCAAUACCGACGACACCGAGCGCUAUAUCUAAUCUGUGCUGUCAGCUGUCAAACUCGAUUCUCUAUCUGUGCUUGACGAGUGGAUUUUGACGUGUGACAUUCGUUUGUUUAUGUUUACUUUUCAAAUAAAAAGUGAAAUGUUAUGAUUUUUUCUGUAUUAAAUAAACAGCUAAUUAAUCUUGGCAGCACUACUAACGCCAAAAUAUUGUUAAAUAUUCUUCCCACUCGUCAAAACAUCUAUACAUCUGUCGGAAUUAAUAUAAAAUGCACAAACGGAUCUGGACACAUUGGCGAAUAGCUUUUUGCUAUAAAAAAGCUUGCUUUCGAUGCGUGUACUAACGGAAUCUAAUGUAUUUUUGUGCUUGUGCAGCGACAAUACCGUCCUGCCCCUAGUCGCUAAUGCGAGAGAUUGGAUCGCGAACAAAACGAAACAAAUGCCGUGCGACCAACUGUUCGACCUCGCGAACACAACACGCUUCCGUAAGGUCAACCCUAAGAAAGUCGCGAAAUCUUAACGAUAUUUUUAUAUAAAAAAAUCCCUACAAAAAUCACAAAAAAAUGUGGAUGCACAAAACGAGUAUUUAAUUUCGCUUUUUUACUGUAUGUUUAUUUAAGGUGUUUAUAUAUUUUGAUUGUUUAAUCGUUACUAAACAUCGACAUAAAUCGUGUAUUUAUCGAACAUCUAUUUAAUCGCUAAUCGCCGUAUUAUUUCGCUUUGGCUGUUGUAUUUAGUCCUUUAGGUGUGACCUAAGUUGUCAAUCUACCUAGUGCAAUUCACACGAUGCCUUAAUAACAUAUCUAAGUCAAUUUUGAGGGUAUAUAUUUUGUGUUGUACCUGUAACCAUUAUUAUCUAUUCAACAACACAAUUAUACAUCUCGUGCUAAAUGUAGUUUUCGAGUUUUUAUUAUUAGAUUAUUAUGUCAUAAAUAAGUGCUUUCAUUGUUUAAUGCGUAACAUAGAAUUAAGUGUAAGGAUUUUAUCGACAGAGUAACAUAUGUUUAAUAUGUUUAUAUUUAAGUAUUUAUUAAAACGGAAGUAUGUGGAGUCGGUGGUGUUACCAUAUUAUAACGUUGAGAUUUCUAGCUGUAAUGUUGCCAUACGCACCAUCGACGUAGCUUCCUAACACUAAAUUGUUGACAUAAUGUCUAGUUUUUACUAAUAAAAUAAUAUAAUUAAAAAAAAUAUUUUUGUUCUCGGAUAGGAAUCAAUUGUGUUACAAUAAUGUAAAUGUUAUAUCUAUUUUUACAUGAUAAUGAUAUUUUUCUAGUGUAGUGUAUUUAAGAGAAUAACAUCUGUGUAUCGAAGCGACCACGACAAGUCAGGGGAACACUUAAGGGUUAAUUGUUAAGGGAUAAAUUAUUCAAAUGUUGAUGAAAGAUUAUAUUUAUAAUGUGUACACAUUAAACUGCUUAGCUGUGUGAUCUGAUCUAAUAUUCUUGUAUUUAUCUACCCAUAGAUUGUAUUAUACUAUGAAACUGAAUUAAAUUAUCAAAAGUAACUUCA